UGUCCAGCAGUUUAUAAGUCGGCAUCCUAGCAGAACCACCAGAACCACAACCCAGCAGCUGCAACGCAUUAACAAGUAGCUAGGCACUUAGCCAGGGACAUGGCCAGGAAGGUGUGCCUCACUCUGCUCGCGCUCCUCGGCGUCCUGCUCGCGCCGGCAACCCCCAUCGUCGCCGGCGGGAUGAAGGCCACGUUCGCUGGAAGCCCCGGUCGUUCUUGGUCCGGAGACGCGGCGGUGCUGGGGCGCCUGAUGUCCACAAGGCUGGAGGACGGCGUCGCGCCGGAGCUCGCGCUGGACCUGGAGGUGCACCGCCGCAUCCUCGCCAACAACAUUGGCCCGCGCGUGUUCGAUCCCAACAGGCCGGCCUGCCCAGCAGGAUCGUCGUGCGGGGGACGAGGGAAGCCAUACACCAACCGGGGAUGCCAGAAGGUUUACCAGUGCCGCGGCUGAAGGAGCCAACCGAUCUUCCGUGUAUCCUUGAGCGGUUUCAUACGAUCCAUUGAUCAGUGUGUGCCUCUGGCUUCUCGAUCGGCACGGCUCUUGCAGUGGCUGUGGUUGUGGCUGCUUCCAGUGUCUCUGUCUUUAAAUAAUAAUUUUUUUCUUUUAUUGGCAAGAAUUGCGAACUCAAGAUGAUUAUUCGUGUAAGAGAUAUGGCAAGCUGGGUGACAUUUUAAAUCGAUGCUACCUUACUUCUGAGCUCC